AGUACGGAAACGGUACGGUUUCCUGUUGGCGCGAGGGGAGACGGGUGUUGUUCACACAGUUGGAGAGAGCCACGGCAGCGUAAACACAGCGCUGAGCGCGCGGACGAGCAGCGGCGGUAACACCGGACUCCGAUACCCGAGAGAACCUUAUAAAUCGGUUGAAAUCAUCAGAAUGUUGUCCGUCUAUACGCUGGUUCUGCUCUGCGGAGUUUGGACCGUGAACGCAGAAAUCAACUCGCUGACCUACAUCUACACGGCCUUCACCCGGCCCGUCGGCCUGCCCGGCAUCCACGAGUUCUCAGCCAUCGGCCUGCUGGACGGCCGGCCCAUCGACUACUUCGACAGCGACACCCAGGUGAAGGUGCCCAAGGAGGACUGGAUGAAGGAGCGGAUGGACAAGGAAUACUGGGACAAGGGCACCAGCUCCCGGCAGACCAAACAGCAGUGGUUCAAGGUCAACCUCAAAAUCCUCACCGACCGCCUGAGGAAGAACGACACAGAUAACCACGUUCUCCAGUGGAGACAUGGAUGUGAGGUAAACACUGAAGGCUCUGAGAGGAAGCUCAGUGGGAUUGACCAGUACAGCUAUGACGGAGAGGACUUCCUGUCCUUCGACAGCCAUCACAAGCAGUGGGUCGCCCCCAUGGACGGAGCCAUGCUGACCAAGCGCAAGUGGGACGGCAUCCAGCAGCUCAACGACUACACCGACGGCUACCUUCACAACGAGUGUGUCCAGUGGCUGGACACCUUCCUCAAAUACAGGAAGGAGGCCAAUAUUAAGGCCUCACGACCGGAAGUCUACAUGUCCGCCAGGCCAGUCAAGAACAACCGGAAGCUCAGCUGCCUGGCUACAGGCUUCCACCCCAAGGAGAUCACUAUGAACAUCAGGAGGGACGGCCAUUUGGUGGACCGCUUGGAUGGUCUGCAGUCCACGGGGGUCCGUCCUAACGGGGACGGGACCCACCAGAUCAAGAUGUGGGUGAUGAUUCCUGGGGGCGACACGGCCAAGUACACCUGUGAAGUCAACCACCCUGCGAGCAACAUCCAUGAGGUCAAAGAGUGGGAUCACCACGUGGAAGCUGUGGCAACCUCCAUUGGACCCAUUGUCGGGGCUGUUGGUGGUCUACUGGUGGUGGUGGGGCUCAUUAUCACUGGUGUGAUUAUCCUCAAAAGAAGGAGGACACCAGCGGAGAAAGUUGUCACGAUCCUGCCCGUGCAGAUGGAACACCAGACCCUACUCACAGUUGAAACCGUGAAGGAGCUUCCAGGAAACCAUGGAGAAGAGAAGAAGCUCCUCAAAGGUUCCGGCUCUGAAGCCAGCUCUGGUAUCGGCUCUGGUUCCCACGAUGGUUCCAGCUCUGGUUCCAUCGAUGGUUCCAGCUCUGGUUCCAUCGAUGGUUCCAGCUCUGGUGUCAGCGAUGGUUCCCACUCCAGUCUGGACAAGACCCCAGUGUGAUCUGAGUCCCGAUCACCACAUCCUGGGGCGUCUUGCCACAUUCAAGACUUCCACUCCUGAUUGCUUGGUUUCUUCUACGCUUCUAGAGAACGUCUGUCUCUUGCUUUACGGACGACAGCAGAUAAAUCACAUCAUAAGAUGAGAUACGCUUUGUGCUGGAUGUAUAGCUCGUGUGUCUGGACCAGACACACGAGCUGGGGUAGCUCGCUAGCUAUGGAUCGUUGGCUGACUUUGAGGCUCUUGCUUAAGAUGGGGAAUUUAGAUGAUGAUGAUGAUGAUGAUGUUUGGACAUUUUUAAGCUAGUCAGUAAUAGGAAGGGUUUGUGUCCACAUGAAACGUAUUCAGCUUGCAGGUUGGGGCCAAAUUUUGUCAUUUUUAUUAAUAAAGGUAAUCGAAUUUAAAGGGAUACUAAUCAUUUAUUAUUAACAAUAUUUCUCUUUGCUUGGUUUAAGAAUAUGUUGAAAUUCUUGAUUUGAUAGAAAUGUUUACACUGGAUUUUAAUAAACAUAAAAAUC